AAAAUCCGCAAAUCUUUUUUUAAAAUCAUUUCAACUAUGGAAUCGGUCGACAAGAUGGGAUCGGUGGUCAAUAUGGGAUCGGUGGCUAAUGUGGAAUCGGCUGACAAUGCUUCUGUUAUUCUUGUGGAUCAACCACCUAAAAAUUCAACUCUAGAUCUUACAUUUGCUUGGAAAGAUAUCAAGGUGAGUAGUAAAGGCUCUAAACCUAUUCUUGAAACUGUGAAGUACAACCUGGAUAUCAGGAAUCUCUGUAAAUCUAUAUUUAAACCAGAAAAGAACGAACUCGAGGAGGGUAAAGUUCUUCUCCAGUCUACUUUCGGAAUGAUAAAAACUACAGAGCUGGUGGCAAUCAUUGGGCCUAGUGGAUCAGGUAAAUCCUUAUUCCUUGAUGCCCUGGUAUUUAACCAUGGAGUUGGAAUAGAACUUGAAGGAUCUCGUUAUAUAAACGGUAUCGAGGUAGAUAAAAAACAGAUGAAGGGGAUCUCAGCUUACGUAAACCAGGAAGAUCUGUUCCUUGAGCAUUUGACUCCAGGAGAACAUCUAGAGUAUCAAUCUAUUCUACGGAUGGGGGGUCUUGUAGCAGAUAAAAUAAGAACUAAACGAGUAGAGGAGGUAAUUCUUGAGCUGGGUUUGAUGAAGUGUAAGGACACUAUUAUCGGAAGGAGAAACGAAGGUUUGUCUGGAGGAGAGAGAAAAAGAUUAUCCUUUGCUUCUGAAGUAUUAACAAAUCCUCCAAUAAUGUUCUGUGAUGAACCAACAACUAGUCUAGAUUCAUUCAACUCAGAUCAAGUAUUAACUGUUCUGCGGAAUCUAGCUAGCCAGGGUAAAAUAAUUCUGACAACCAUCCAUCAACCAUCCUCAUCAAUAUUCUCCUUGUUUGACAAAGUUAUGCUCCUUGGAUACGGUCAGGUUCCAUUCUUUGGUAGCAUGGAGGAGACUAAUCAGUUCUUUAAGGAUAUAGGACAUCCAGUCCCUGCCUUAUACAGUCCUGUAGACUGGUAUACGUCCUGUUUAUCCACCAUGGGUAAAUCUAACUAUAUAACCAACAUGUACAUCACAUCAGCUGUUUAUUCUAAAAACAAGGCGGAGCUUCAGCAAGAGAUAGAGGAGGCAGACUUUAAACAAUUCCCUGAGGAAAUAAAUCUUACUCGAACAGAUAAAUUUUGUGAAAGUAGUUGGGAGCAGUUCAAAGGUCUACUCUUCAGAUCAGCGGAUUCAAAACUAAGAGGAGAUGGAGGAUACAGAGUUGAUCUAUACAUUACACUCUUUAUUGGAUCUAUCAUUGGGAGUAUAUUCCUUGAUCAGGAUAAUAGUGAGGAUAGCGUUAAUAAUAUUAAUGCUCUAAUCUUCGUUAUUCUUGUAAUGGAAAUAUUAAGAGUGUUGGAUCUGAGUAAUGAUAUGAGUAAUGCUCUAAUAAUCUAUAAACGUGAAUCCAUGAACGGAUUAUAUAAACCUUAUAUUUUCUAUCUCAGUAAAGUAUUGAUUGAUCUCCCGUUCUCAUUGUUCCUUGUUUUCCUUAACUUUGCUCUUGUAUACUGGAUGUCAGGCAUGAAUGAAUCUGUUGUAAGAUUUCUACAAGGAGUUCUUCUUGUCUUCAUUUUCCAUGUUGGAGUUAAAGGAUUUGCACUGGGUGUAGCUUGUUUAACAGAUUCCUACUCCAACUAUAUAAACUAUCUAUACAUAGUUCUAAAUAUAGUUCAUAGUGGGUUCAUGCAUAAACAGGAUUCAGACUCAUGGUUCUAUUAUACUAGAUUUUUUACGUUAAACCAUUAUGCAUCUACUGGUUUACUGUAUAAUCAAUGGAUUGAUGAAUAUAAUGUAUCCUGUAGAAGAUUACCUGAUGAUUGGAGGAAACUUGACCAAACGUCAUGCAAAACUGGAGUAGAAGUAGUUCAAGGAGAACUUCAUCAAGAUCUAAACUUUAUAUCUCAAGAUAACCAGCUGACUAUUCUUAUACUCAUGGCAUUCCUCUUUCAUGCUCUAGCUUUACUUAUACUUUGGAGGAAAUCAUUGAAACAUUGAGUAAACAUAUGUACUGUGUGUUGUAUUCGUUUAUUUUUAGAUGCUUUGAACUAAAGAAAUUGAAUAUAAUAAUAAAUAGAAAUUUAAAGAUUUGAA